GUAGGUUAUUAGAUCACUUAGGUAGAUCAGGAAAGUGAUUAGUUUGACUGAUUUGAUAUAUAAGCUCAGAAUUUUUUGUUUGAUUCAUCAUUGUGGUAACCAGCAACAAAGUGAAUCACUAGAGAAGAUGGCUUCAAGGAAUUCUUACCUGAAUGAAAUGGAUGGCAUGAAUUUAGACCAUUUCUUGGAUAAAGAGGUUGAUUUGGGACAAUAUUUCACAAAGACAGAACUCGGUGUUAUGGGUCUACAAGAGCAGCAGAGACUUAAGAACAUUGCCCAGAAUUAUGAGAUAAUGCUCUAUAUGGGCCUUCCUGCUAUCAAACCAGAGUUUAUGAAGGGGCCAGGUUACAGAGCGAGGCAAGCCAAAGUAGCAGAAAAGGUUUCAGUACAACCUAAACUGUCAGAUACAGACUCGAGUGAUGAAGAAUGGACACCAGACAUGGAAAGGAAAAAGAGGGCAAAGGAUAAACCAAAGAUUCCAAAAUUCCUUAAAGCUCCACAGAAAAGAAAGAUGAAAGAAGUGCCAGAAAAGAAAAGAUUACAAAAGACAGAUCUGAAAGAAGCGGAGAUGUGUGUCACUGAUAUAUCUGAUAAGAGAGAAUAUAACCUGAGAGAAAGAAAAGAAACAAAUUUCAUGAACUUGGAACCUGCCGAUGAUGAUCAUUUUCUUUAUUGUGAGGAAUGCAACAAGGAAUAUGAUAUGGACUGCCCUAUCCAUGGACCACUUGAGUACAUUCAAGACACGGAGGUUUUGAAUAGUCAAGACCCAGACAGAGCUUUACAUAGUUUACCACCAGACCUUGUAGUUAAAAAUUCCUCAAUAAAAGGUGCUGGGUUAGGUGUGUUCACAGAGAAAGAAAUACCAGCACGUGUUAUGUUUGGACCCUAUGGUGGGGUAAUAGUUACAGAUCCUGAAAAAGCUCACAAAUCUGGGUAUUGUUGGCAGAUUUAUAAAGAUGGCAAGCCCAGUCAUUUUGUGGAUGCCCAAGACAAAGUCCAUUCCAACUGGAUGAGGUACGUCAACUGCGCUACAUCUGAAGAAGUUCAAAACCUGGUAGCGUUUCAGUUUAAAGGUGGUAUUUACUAUCGCUCCUACAAAACCAUUGCGGCUGGUACAGAAUUGCUGUGUUGGUAUGGCACAGAAUAUGGAAGAGAUCUUGGUAUUGUUAGAGACAAAAAUCUGCUCUUCAGACCUAAAUAUGUCAAUGGACAAGAGAUGUUCCCAUGUGUGUUCUGCAAGAUCUGCUUCAGUGGAGCAGUGUUUUGUGUUCGCCAUCUGGUUAGAAUGCAUGGAAAGGAUAAGUUGACUGCAGCUGACAUUCAGGUGUUAGAUGAAUGGCUCAGGAUGCAUGAUCAAGCACAUUAUCAACAAAGAUACACUGUGAGUAUGAAGGGCAAGCUGCAUAUUGAGCAGCAUAACAAAAAGAUAUUAGACAAAAAUCCAGUUCAGCAACAUGUUACGGAUACUGUACAACAGAGGAAACAAAAUGGAGAAAGACCUUACAAAUGUGACAUCUGUGAUAAAGCAUUUACUAAUAGUCAAAAUUUGACUACUCAUCAGAUAAUACACAGUGGGGAGAGACCUUACAAAUGUGACAUCUGUGAUAAGGCAUUUACUGAGAGUUGCAAUUUAACUAGACAUCUGAGGAUACACAGUGGAGAGAGACCUUACAAAUGUGACAUCUGUGAUAAAGCAUUUACUAAUAGUCAAAAUUUGACUACUCAUCAGAUAAUACACAGUGGGGAGAGACCUUACAAAUGUGACAUUUGUGAUAAGGCAUUUACUCAAAAUGGUGCCUUGACUAAACAUCAGAGGAUACACAGUGGAGAGAGACCUUACAAAUGUGACAUCUGUGAUAAGGCAUUUACUGAAAGUGGUGACUUGACUAAACAUCAGAGGAUACACAGUGGGGAGAGACCUUACAAAUGUGACAUCUGUGAUAAGGCAUUUACUGAAAGUGGUCCUUUGAUUAAACAUCAGAGGAUACACAGUGGAGAGAGACCUUACAAAUGUGACAUCUGUGAUCAGGCAUUUACUACAAAUGGUAGUUUGACUAAACAUCAGAGGAUACACAGUGGAGAGAGACCUUACAAAUGUGACAUCUGUGAUAAGGCAUUUACUAAUAGUCACAAUUUGACUACUCAUCAGAGGAUACACAGUGGAGAGAGACCUUACAAAUGUGAUAUCUGUGAUAAGGCAUUUACUCAAAAUGGUGCCUUGACUAAACAUCAGAGGAUACACAGUGGGGAGAGACCUUACAAAUGUGACAUCUGUGAUAAGGCAUUUACUCAAAAUGGUGCCUUGACUAAACAUCAGAGGAUACACAGUGGAGAGAGACCUUACAAAUGUUACAUCUGUGAUCUGGCAUUUACUCAAAAUGGUGACUUGACUAAACAUCAGAGGAUACACAGUGACUGAAGACCUAGAACAAAUGCGACAUCUGUGAUAUUAUAAAAUAGAGAAAAGUUGAAACUAACAUUUGUGGUAUGGCAUAUGAUAGUUUUUUUUAUGAAUUGAAAAUCAUUUAUUUAACAGGAUUUAUCAAUAUCUUGUUUGCAAUGAUUUUUAUUUGUCAACACCAAAACUGUUAAUGGUCAAGUAUAUAAU